AUGAUGAGAGCUUCUACGAUACGUCGGCGCCGAAUUGAGUCUGACAGUGAAACUGAAACUGAAGAUAGCGAUAACAAUGAAGAUGAUGUACCAGAAGAGUUUGAUGUGAAUUGGCGUAUUCCGUUAGGUAAUAAAACCAACAUCACAUUUUCGGAUUCGUCAGGUACCAACACAAAUCAAUCAGAAAUUUUUGCUUGUACGGAGCCACAUGAUUUUUAUUUCCUCUUUGUUACUGAAGAAAUAUUCGAAAUUAUUGCAAAACAAACGAACAUCUACGCUACGCAAAGAAAAUCAGAACUGCAAUCGUAUCGUUUAGAUCAAUGGUAUGAAACAAAUGCUAAUGAAAUAAAACGUUUCUUUGGUCUCAUUAUUUGGAUGGGAUUAGUGCGAUUACCAAAAAUUGAACUAUAUUGGAGUACAUAUGAAGGAUAUAAACAGGCACUUCCACGCACAAUUAUGUCAAGAAAUCGAUUCGAAUUGUUAUUGCGGUUUGUUCAUUUCAGCAAUAAUGAAGAAAAUGAUCCUAACAAUAGAUUAUCUAAAGUUGCUCAUAUUAUCGAUCAUCUAAACAGUAAUUUUAAGAAAUAUUAUAAUCCAGACGAGGUAGUAUGCGUGGAUGAAUCCUUAGUGCCAUUUCGAGGCCGCAUAUUAUUUCGUCAAUAUAUAAAACAAAAACGUCACAGAUAUGGAAUUAAAGUUUUUAAAUUAUGUAGUGGGCCAGGGUACACUUAUUCAUUUCAAAUCUACACGGGCAAAGGCGAAAAUACAAGUGAAAUAUAUGGAAAUAAGUCGACUGAGAUUGUAAUGGCUCUUUGUCAAGAUAUUUUAGGCAAAGGCCACACUAUCUGUACCGACAAUUGGUACACUAGCGUUAACCUGGCUGAAAAGCUAAUUGAUAUGCACACACAUUUAUUGGGUACUCUACGAAAAAACGGCGAGACAAUCCAAAAGAAGUAG